AUGCGCUCGCAGCCGAUCUGCACAAACCCCCAAACUUUGCGGAUUGACGCCGCAUCCGAGUUCAAAAACUUAGCAGCAGCUGCUGCUGCCCCUGAACAGCCCCUGGUGAAACGUACGCGUCAGCAACUGCAGCAGCAGCCGCAACUGCAGCAGAGGCGAAAGCAACUGCAGCAGGAGCAGCAGCAACUGCAGCAGGAGCAGCGGCAACUGCAGCAGGAGCAGCGGCAACUGCAGCAGGAGCAGCAGCAACUGCAGCAGGAGCAGCAGCAACUGCAGCAGGAGCAGCGGCAACUGCAGCAGGAGCAGCAGCAACUGCAGCAGGAGCAGCAGCAACUGCAGCAGGAGCAGCAGCAACUGCAGCAGGAGCAGCAGCAACUGCAGCAGGAGCAGCAGCAACUGCAGCAGGAGCAGCGGCAACUGCAGCAGGAGCAGCAGCAACUGCAGCAGGAGCAGCAGCAACUGCAGCAGGAGCAGCAGCAACUGCAGCAGGAGCAGCAGCAACUGCAGCAGGAGCAGCAGCAACUGCACCAAGGAAGCACGCGGGGGUAUUCGCGGAAGGGUUUGGCGGAGUUCAACCUGGGGCGUCUGGGGGAGGCGGAGCGCAGCUACUCGAAGGGUUUGGAGCUGGAACCCUCGAACGAGGGUUUGCAAAAAGGACUGAAAGAAGUGCAGCAGAGCGGGGCGAGUUUGCGGGACAUGCAUGCGCUCUGGGCUGUAUCUACAGCUCUCAACAGACACCCCAAACUCCUCAAGUACUCUCAACAAGAUCCAAACUAUUCCAAAACUCUCGCCAAACUUCUUUCCCAAGUCCAGGCCAACCCCAGCAGCCUGCGCCUCGUCAUGGCCCAGCCGGAUGUGCGCAUUCGGGAGGGCAUGACGGUGCUGCUGGGGGGCACGCUGGAGGAGGAGGAGGAGCCUGCUGCUGCUGCUGCUGCUUCGGGAGCAGCAGCAGCAGCAGCAGCGCAGCAGCCCCCCAAAGAACUCACCCCCGAGCAGCAGCAAGCUGAAGCCAAAAAGAAAGAAGGAAAUGAACUUUAUAAACAAAGAAAAUUCGAAGAAGCUUUAAAAGCUUAUGACGAGGCCAUUGCCCUCGACCCCAACCAGCUCCUCUACCUCAACAACAAAGCCGCUGUAUACAUGGAAAUGGGGGACUUUGAGAACUGCCUGAAGGAGUGCGAAAAGGCGCUGGAGAAGAGGUACGAAGUGAAGGCGGACUACGAGGUGGUGGCGAAGGUCUACAACCGCAUGGCCGCCUGCUUCGCGCGCCAAAAGGAGUUUGAAAAGGCAAUUGAAAUGUACGAAAAGUCUCUUUGUGAGUCCAACACUCGCCAGACAAGAGCAGCUCUUGCGGAGGUCAAAAGACUCAAAGAAAAGGCCGACAGAGAGGCCUAUGUCGACCCCCAGAAGGCCGAGGAACACAAACUCAAGGGAAACGAGUUCUUCAAAAACAACGACUUUCCCAGCGCCAAAAAGGAGUACGACGAGGCCAUUCUGAGGAACCCGAAGGACGCGAAGCUGUACAGCAACCGCGCAGCAGCACUUACGAAACUAUUUGAAUAUCCUUCUGCCCUUAAAGACUGCGAGACCGCGCUGAGUCUGGACCCGAGUUUCGUGAAGGCGUGGAGCCGCAAAGGCACUCUCCACUUCCUUUUGAAAGAAUAUCCAAAAGCUUUGGAAGCUUUUGAAAAAGGCCUCAAGAUAGACCCCAGCAGCAAAGAGUGUCUUGAAGGCAAAAUGCAAGUCAUACGCAAAGUGCAGCAGCAGCAGCAAACCGGAGAGGUCGACGAGGAGCAAAUGAGACACGCCAUGGCGGAUCCAGAAAUUCAGCAAAUUCUUCGGGACCCUCAAAUGAGCAUUGUCCUUCAAAACGCCCAGGAGAACCCAGCGCUUCUUAAAGAGUGA